ACUGUCCGUCUACCUGAGAGAAAGUGGAACUGGAGUCCUCUUCCAGGUCCCUGAGCUCGGUGCCCUGCAGACCCACCUGUGUGUCACCUGGGACUCCAGUUCUGGUGCGACGGCCCUCUUCAUGAAUGGCUGGAAAAGUUUGACCAAAAUCUACCAUGCAGGUUACACCAUCCGCCCAGGAGGCACGGUUCUCCUCGGUCAGGAUCCAGAUUCUUACCUGGGUGGCUUCGAUGAGAAGCAGAGUUUUGUUGGGGAGAUCUCCGACGUGGACAUGUGGGACUUUGUUCUGUCCAACGGUCAGGUCCAAGCCUUGUUCAAUGGGAAGAGGAUCCAGAGGGGAAAUGUCAUCGACUGGGAAAGCACACRGCUUAAACCCAGCGGGGACGUGAAGAUCAUCAACUUGUUCAAUGGGACGAGGAUCCAUAGGGAAAUUGUCUUCGAAUAGGAAAGCACAUAUCUUAAACCCAGCGGGGACGUGAAGAUCAUGGACUAUGAGCUGCAAACUGUUAAAGCUCUGCUUUAUAUUUGGUCUAAUAAAAUAAAUAUAAAUCA